GUGGGACUUAAACCUUUGAUUGUCUUAUCUUUGUGUACGUUGAGGUUAGGGAACUUUGCAUCUUUGUGAUUGCACAAGUUGUUAAUUUUAUUAUCUCUGAUGUAGCAUAAGGGUAGCACAAGUUCUUCCACCAUUGCAUUAGCAGAUAUGGCACUGGUGUACAAGGUGUGUUUGGUUUUUCUGUUUCCUUUGCCUUGCUUUGGAGUAGGCUGGGAUCUUGCUCAGAAAUUUAUUUUAGUCGCCGGCCCUCUUAGCGAUGACUUAGUAAGUAAUUUAAACUUCCAAAGUGGACUUCUAAGAGAACCUCUCAAUUCUGCAACGGGACAGUCAAACUAUCUUUGCAAUGGGCCUUCCUUCCCUUCUCUGCCGCCGUACUUCGCUGAGCUCCGUGCAAGUGGCGUGACCCAUUUUAAAGUCUUCUUGCCUUGGACUCGCAUCCUUCCAGAGGCAAAUGCCCGAAACCCCAACCGGACGAACGUUGAAUGCUACAAACAACUUCUGAGAACUCUCAAAGCGGCUGACAUCGAACCAGUUUUAAUUCUACAUCAGAAACGUUUGCCGAAGUCUUUGGAAACCCGGCUUGCUUUGAGCAAAUCUGUGACUUUCACCGACCUUUUCGUGGAAUAUGCAGAAUUUUCCUUUGCAUCUUUUGGUGACUUGGUGGACACCUGGCUCACUUUUGGCAGCCUGCCUGAGGACGUGGAGCGCUUGUCUCGUGGAGAUCCGCUGGCCCUCCCUUGGCAGGUGCUAGCUUCAGCACAUGAGAAAGCUUAUGAAAUCUACCAUGAAAAAUACGCAGCAGAAGGUAAAGAAAAUGGUAGGGAGGAGGGAACAUGAGAUGUGGCUCCUCUGGAUAAUGUAACAUGCACUAUGCGUAUGGGGUGUGCAUGAGAAUUAAGUGCAUAUGGAAGACUGACUUCUGUGCACGUACUGAUACUGCACAGGCCUUGGAAGUUCUGAUCGCUAUCUUGCACUCCAACAACAUAACUGGGAGGGGAGGGACGUCUUUCAUUUAAGAAAAAAAAAUCCUUUGACUUCUUCUGUCUUGCCCACCAGGCCUCUUAGAUGGGCCCAGUCAUUGUCCUGCGCUAUCUUUCUAAGACUCCUGCCAAAAUUAUUUCUUGUCUGCUGAACAAAUGGGCCAAGGAGCCUUAUAAUAUUUAAGAAGGAUGCGGAGAGAUCACUGCUAAAAUCAGAACAAUAUCUUCAUUCAAAUCUCUCAGCCCACACUUUUUCCAUUAAGGCUUAAGUGCAAAGAACUUGUUGUCCUCCUCCUCAUGGUAAUAAACAGAAGUUCAUUCAGAUUAACACACAUUACUUGGAUAUAUUACAUGCAGCGUACUCCACCAACCUUAGAAUGUAAGCUUCUUGGGGCAGAGAUCAGUUUGUAAAGUACAUGAAUGUUGUCACUACCGCAUUGGCCCGAAUAUAAGCCACACUCAAAUAUAAGCCGCACCUUUAAAAUUUGGGGGGGGGGGGGGAGGAAAAAAGAUAAUACCUGAAUAUAAGCCGCUCCCUUAAAAUUCCACAGGCACUCAUGCCCAUACCGUUUUACCAUAUGUCUGUUUCAGCAGCGAUAUCGUAAAAGCUCAUUUUUGUAAGGUCGCGAAUUUAAGCCGCACUUUUCACAGUCAGAAUUUGGGGGGAAAGCGAGGCUUGUAUUCAGGCCAAUACAGUAUAUAAUGAGAAAACUAUAAAGGAAUUCCUGGAGAUUGCUUCUAGUGAAAGUAUUCCCUCUCCAUUCCCCCCCUCCUUGCAUUGAAAUUUCGAAAAUAAAAUUGACAACAUACUUUUUCUCUCAUUUACAGAUGGGAAAGUGUCCAUUUCACUAGAUGUUAGUGAUGCUGGGCUGGUGUCAGCAAGAUCUUUAUUGACUUCAAUUCUGGUGACGCCUUUUAUUUUCUUGGGAGUCUUACAACAGCAUAUCCAGUAAAGCCAGAGGAAAGAAAUUAUUUCAAUAUGUAAUUCUUUUGUGAAACCCAUUGCCUCUUAGAUGGUUAUAAAAGGGGGUUAGACAAAUGAAUGAAGGGUAGGCAUAUCAGUGGCUUGUUUAUUUGCUUGUUUUGUAAGAUAUCUUAACUGUUCUUCCCCAUAAGCUCCCUGUGCAAGUUACAACUCUCUGGAAGUUAUUUGCCAAAGCAGAGUUGCCUCUUUCUAGAUAGAUACAUAGUUGUCACUUUCUCAUAAUUAGGGGUUGUGAGUGCUGCUGUGGCCUAAACUACUAAGCCUCUUGGGUUUGCUAAUCAGAAAGUCAGUGGUUCAAAUCUGCCCAACAGGGUGAACUCCCAUUGCUCUAUCCCAGUUUUUGCCAACCCAGCAGUUUGAAAGCAUACCAGUGCAAGCAGAUAAAUAGGUACCACUGCGGUGGGAAGGUAAGCUGCAUUUCCGUGUGCUCUGGUCUCCACCACGGUGUUCCGUUACGCCAGUAGCGGUUUAGUCAUGCUGGCCACAUGACCCAGAAAGCUGUCUGUGGACAAACGCUGGCUCCCUCGGCCUGAAAAGUGAGAUGAGCGCUGCACCCCAUAGUCGCCUUUGACUGGACUUAACCGUCCAGCGAUCCUUUAUUUACCUUUUUACCUCAUAACAACCAGAGGUAUUCCCUGAAAAUAUCAACCCACAGACCCAUUUUUCAUUUUCAUAUAUAGUUAAAAUAUAUCUGUUUUAACUAUUUUCAUAUAUAGUUAAAAUAUAUCUAUUUUAACUAUUUUAAUCUAUCACUCUUAAAGAUCAUUUACCAACCUUUCAUUAUUUUUCAAAAUGGCAUUUUACAUGUGAGGGGGAAAAACCAGAAGCAUGACAUGCACGAUGAUUCAGAAUUUCUCUUAUCCCUCACCCCAUGAAACUUCAGUUAAAGAGCUCUCCAAGAAAAUUGGUGAUACAUUAAUGAUUCUUUAUUUGAGAAUGAGGCGGAGUUAAUUGUUAUGUAAUUUACGGCGCACUAUGUCAGUCAUUCCGUUAGGGAGAGCAUUUUGGCUAGUCAGAUGGAAUGAUCCCCCCUACUCUUGUGUGCUUUUCUGGGUGUCCUCGCAACACCCUCCCCUGAGCAGAUUUUAGGGACUUGGGGAGAGGAGGUAGGAGCCCCAUUGUGCUAGCCAAACUCUUGCCCAAUUGAAUCCCACCUAGAAAAUAAGGAAGAAUGUCAAUAGAGGAACUCUGGUUCCAAGUAUAAAGUAAUAAUAAUAGAUGUUGCUGCUGCCUAAAGUGUAACUUCAGUUAUUAUAAAUGCUAUAUCUCUCUGUGACAAUGCUCUGUUUUGAUUCCAGGACUCUCUAGACUUUCUCUCUCUCAACCUUCAGUACAACUGUGAAAGUGAAGCGGCUUUCCAAAAGUUCCUGCAUGAGCUACAGGUAAUUCUUAGCAAUUGUACCAAGUGUUCUAUAUGGAUGCUAUCUGUUAUAGAUGGACAUGGGAGGUGAUGUCCCACAGUUUUGACAGUCCUCCUUGAUAUAACUCAUGCAUUUUGCUUUGCUUUUUCUCUUAUAGCAUAUGGGGACGAACAAUAUGGGUAUUUUGCUCUUUAGUCUCAAGUUCCACGAGUGUUCCUCCUUGCAAGAAAACCGAUUUGCAACAGUGGCUUCCAUUUUCAGUGGUAAGUGUCUUCUGUAGGAAGGAACUGUGGUCUUGUGGCUUGCCUGUGUGGUAUUUUGGAUGUGUGGGUGUGAAAUACAAUACAGGCUAUGUUGUGGUCCGUAUAUGUAUGUAUUUAUUUCAACCCUUUAUAUAUCACCUAAUAGCAUGGUCUCCAAGUGGUAUACAAUAAAGUUACAAAAGAUUUACUGAGCAUAGAAUUGGUUAAAGUUAACAGUAAAAUCAGAAAAACUACUUUAAGCACCUGCUGAAAUGAAAAAUUUGCCUUCACCAAUUUUGCCUGGGUGGGGGGAGGGGGCUGCUAUCUGAUCUGUUGUGAGAAAGUUCCACAGAAUUGGGCCCACAAUACUGAAUGCACAGCUCCUGGUGGAAAUGAGCCAAGUCUCUCCCCACUACCGCCUGUCCCCACUCUUACUGUAUGAGAGAGACCUUGUACUAUUUACAGGAAGUGGGGCUUCACUGAAAAAGGACUAUAGCAUAGGAUGUUACUGGCCUAAUGUCUGCCCUUUUCCAUUGUGCUGAUAAACUUCUCUUCUCUUCCUUCAUCCCCCUCCCCCCGCCCCUCUAUUUCCAGCCAUUUCUGAAGUUCAAGCAUGGGCAAUAGGGUAUGAUGUGAAUUGUGUCAUGAACAGCUCGUCCGUUCAAGCAAUUUGGUACAAAAUGUUUAUUUUUAAUGUUAAAUUAGUUUGGUUAUGAAGCUGUGCUACUUGCAUAAUUAAGACUGCAGUUCUUACACAGGAAUAUAUUUGUGUAUGUGUGUGUUUCUGCAUGCAUACGUGUGUGCAUGUGUAUACAAGUGUCUAAUAUAGAGGUAAAUUCUAAUGAUGGUACUCUAUGGUAUGCAAUACUGUUACCUUUUUUUGUUGUUCUUGCUAACAUUGGCAGCCAUUUUGUGCUGGAACCAAUGUCAUUUUUAUCAAGGUAUGAGUCCCAGCUUUUUUUUCCUUUUCUUUUUUACUACAAAAAGCACUUGGUAUAUGAAUAUUUAAUCAGGAUAUAGCAAAUAAGGUUUCAGCUGUGUCAUAUAGAUAUGGAACAUAGACUAGCAGGCUUUAUGAAUCUUGGCUUGCUGUAUGUUUAGCUGAAUAGUUAGAGUUUCUUUUAUUCAGGGAUAAGGGCUACCUUCUGUCAUGAGCAACCUUCUGGGAGCCACAUGGCAGUGGUGGUAGUGGGCGGGGACAGAGCUAAAAUUGAGUGGAGCAAUCAAUGUGACUCUAACGUUGCUAAGUUCCAGCUACAGAAAGCCAGAGGUUCCACCUAUUUCUCUAUCCAAGAAGGCAAGAGACAUUAUCACAGUUCAAGGACACAGUCUAGCCAUGUGAAAGCCAUUGAGGAGGGUGCAGAGAGCAGGGGAGAAUCCUGAGGGUCACAUAGAGAGGUCCAGCAGUUCACAAUUAGUCCCAAAGCCUAUGAUUCCCCAUCGCUAAUCUAUAUACAUAUAGAUGAUAAUUGUUAUACGGAUUUAGGCUUGCCAUAUUAAAAACCCCCAAAAAACUGGAUAAAUUUCUGUAGGUUUGAUACCCACGAUAUUUGAAAUCUCUAAUUUCAGCCUGAUUUGAAUGCUUAUCCAUCCUGAAUAAAAAUUUAAUGAUAAUAAAAGUUUGAUUUAUUUAUUUAACUUACUGCAUUUCUGUUCUGCCCUUCCUCUGAAGAUCACAGGGUAGUUUACAAUACAAAAAUACACAACAUAGUAACAAAUAAAACAAUGACCCCCUCCCCUAUUUUGAAAGGCCAUAUAUUGUUUAAUUAGCCAGAGGCCUGGGAGAAGAGGAAUGUUUAUGCCUGGUGCCUAAAUUUUUGACAUAUUCUCUCUUUCCUUUUUUUAGCUUGUACACAGGAAAUCUGGCCAGCCAACCAAAGGCAAAGGAAACCCUGAUACCUACUAUUGCUCCACUUUCAUCCUAUCAAGCAGUUUGGGAACGAUUUGCCAGCCAACCUGAGCUGGAGAGAGACUCCUUUUUGCUUGACCUUUUCCCUAACAGUUUUCUCUGGGGCACAUCGACAGGUUCCUUCAAUGUGGAAGGAGCCUGGAGAGAGGGUGGGAAAGGGGAGAGCAUUUGGGAUCAAUACGGGCACCAGGGCCAUGCCCACAUGAAUCAAACAGCCGAUGUCGCAUGCGAUAGCUACCACAAGCUAGAUUAUGACGUUUAUCUCCUUAGAGGCCUUCGCCCAAAUAUUUAUAAAUUUUCUAUAUCCUGGCCUAGGGUUUUUGCCAAUGGGAGUAAGAGCAGCUUGAACCCUCAAGGCGUAGAUUACUACAACAAACUGAUAGACAGCUUGCUGGAUUCAAAUAUUGAGCCCGCGGUGACCUUGUUCCACUGGGACCUGCCACGAGCGCUACAGGAUCUUGGUGGCUGGCAAAACGAGAGCAUCGUCGCUGCCUUCGCAGAAUAUGCAGAGUUCUGCUUUGCUACUUUUGGGGAUCGUGUUAAAUUCUGGAUUACCUUCCACGAACCCUGGGUCAUUAGCUACGCUGGCUAUGGCACUGGGCAGCAUCCUCCAGGAAUUACUGAUGCAGCCGUGGCAUCCUAUCAGGUACUGACAACAAGUGCAGCAGCUUGGGCCUAAUUUUAUGGGUUGUGUUGACUCUACAAAUAGAAAAGGUGGACCGUUGCCUCCUAGUCUGUGGCUAGUUCUUCUCUCACCAGACUUAGCCCCAUAUCUGAUUUUGCCAGAGGGCAUGAAUGGAGUCAAUGGGCAGAUGAGUCUUUUAAGUCUGGUCAAGCUACCGUGUUCUAACCUAUAAUAGCAACAAUCUGGCAGCAAGUGUGUGAGCAUGCAGUUGACUCUUCAGUUGGUCACUGUUCUUGUUCAGAGGAUGGCUUUGUACCCCCAGAUGUUUUGACUUAAAACAUCAGAUAACAUGAAUGAAAAAAAUUGAAAUUGGCUGGAUUUGUGCCCUUUUCAUUCUGAAAUGGCUCUCUUUGGCUUUCUUGCCUACCUUAAUGGUAUUGACAUGAUACAUUCCAGAGAAGCGUCUCUGCCAAUGGAACUGUGGUGGCACGGAAGCUGUUCUCUCGUGGCUCUUAUGCCGUUUGGCUUCUUCCCAUGUCAGAGAAUUGUCCCUCUCAGGGCUUGGAACAAUACUGACAGGGAAAGGUGUCACAGCAUAGAACAAACUCCUUGCAUGUUACUUCUGGCACUACAGAGUAGUAUUGGAAGUGGCCGCAGUGUGGUUAGAGAGACACUGGUUGUGUAACAUUGGAAGGGACCCUCAGAAGCAUUUUCAUGCACUGUGAAAAAACAACAACCCAUUAUCUCGCUCCUGAUAGGGGCCACAGUAUAUUUGGCAUCCUAUAUAUUCAGAAGUGGGACGCGGGUGGUGCUGUGGGUUAAAACACAGAGCCUAGGACUUGCUGAUCAGAAGGUCAGCGGUUCGAAUCCCCGCGACGGGGUGAGCUCCCGUUGCUCGGUCCCUUCUCCUGCCCACCUAGCAGUUCAAAAUCAUGUCAAAGUGCAAGUAGAUAAAUAGGUACCGCUCCGGCGGAAAGGUAAACGGCGUUUCCGUGCGCUGCUCUGGUUCGCCAGAAGCGGCUUAGUCAUGCUGGCCACAUGACCCAGAAGCUGUACGCCGGCUCCCUGGGCCAAGAAAGCGAGAUGAACGCCGCAACCCCAGAGUUGUCCGUGACUGGACCUAAUGGUCAGGGGGCCUUUUACCUUUAUAUUCAGAAGUGGUUGUCCAAACAAGCAUCUUUAAACCCAUAUCUACAAGUAGACUAGGAAUCUCUUGGAUGAGCAGAAGUAAUUUUUCUCUGCAUCCACACCUGACAGCAUAGUGCAGUUGAGCAGUGUAUCAGAAUGUUUGUGCACCACUUAGGUAUAAGGAGGAAGAAAAGAGUUUUAUUAGGGUAUUGGGCUUCAAGGGGUUUUAAAAGUUUAAAAGGGGUUGGCAAAGAUUUCCAAAUAUCUGGUAUCUUAUAAUGAACUUCUAAAACAAAUGUAUAAGCAGGUGGUACAAUGAGAACAACUGGCACAUUCAAUAUUUCCUGGCAGAUUUGUGAGGAUUUCGUAACCAUACCUCAAAACAGAUAAUUGGGUAGAUGUCAGGACAUCUUCAGGGAAGAAUCCCAGGGAUUUUUUAAUUGCCUUACAAAUACCACACAGCUAUCCAUCAUGUGACUGUCCUGCCAUGAGACUGGCUGAUGGACAGUUUCUGAAUACUUGCAGCACAUGUAUCAGCCUGUAGACAGCCCUGGAUUAGCCUGCUCUGGGAAUAGUUUCUGCCACGUGAGCAUAUAUUAUGUUACCAGUUACUUGGAACAUAGGCUAAUUUAGAUUUAGUUGUUGUAACGCUUUGGCUUCCAAAAGAAAGGAGUUGGGGGAAGAAAUGGAAUCUUUAGCGGACUGGAAUUGAAACCAGUUUAGGACAGAUACUUUUAUUGAUACUACAAUGCUAUAUGCUACAGCCAUGUUUUCAGAUGUUGGGGACUGGAAAUGUUUCAGCAGCAAGCAAAUGAGUGAGAAGGUAGUUCUCUUGCUUUUGAAGGAACUGUUUCCUGCAUUGCAAACUGUAGUAAGUGUUCCUUAUAACGUGGUGCAAACUUGAUUUUGAGCUCAGGUAUGACAAAAAGCUGCUAUAAUUACCUGAUCUCUGUAAGCCUUGAGGUGUGGGGUUUGGAGCCUGGGCCCCUCAAAUUUAAUUUGAAUGUUAUGAGGAAAUGUACUGGGCUGCAAAUAUCAGUGGUGUUUAGGUAUAAACCUGUCUUUCUACUUGGUCCAGCAAGCCGAGGCAUAGUCCAAUGUUGUACCUUCAGAUGUUGUUGAGCUACAACUCCACCUCCCCAUUCCUGACCUUUGGCCAUGCUGACUGGGCCUAUUGGGAGUCCAACAACAUCUGGAGGGAAUCCAUAUUGGCUACCCUUCUCUGCUGCAGUUGAAACCAGUUCUCCAAAGUCUCAAGCAGAGGCCUUCCCUAGCAUUUACAGUGGUACCUCGGGUUAAGUACUUAAUUCGUUCCGGAGGUCCGUUCUUAACCUGAAGCACCACUUUAGCUAAUGGGGCCUCCUGCUGCUGCUGCGCCACUGGAGCACGAUUUCUGUUCUCAUCCUGAAGCAAAGUUCUUAACCCAAGGUACUAUUUUUGGGUUAGCAGAGUCUGUAACCUGAAGCGUAUGUAACCCGAGAUACCACUGUAUAUAGAUCAUGUAAAGGGUGAGAUGUGGGGGCUGAACUUGGCACUUGCUUCAUGAAAAUGAUGCGCUCUACCAGUGAGUUAUACUCAGUGGAAUAAUACUUUUUCCUUCCUUCCCAUAAAAAAAGGUGGCUCAUGUUAUUCUCAAAGCUCAUUCUCAAGCCUGGCAUGUUUAUGAUACCCAGUACCGCCCUGAACAGCAUGGGAAGGUGGGAAUAGUAUUGAAUUCAGACUGGGCUGAACCCAAGACCCCAAGCAGUGCUGAGGAUGUGAGAGCGGCAGAACGCUACUUGCACUUCAUGUUGGGCUGGUUUGCUCACCCGAUAUUCGUCAACGGCGAUUACCCAGAAGUCCUGAAAUCGCAAAUCCAGGAGAAGAACCAGCAGUGCUCAACUCCCGUUGCCAAGCUCCCUGGGUUCACCGAUGAAGAGAAGCAGCAAGUGAAGGGGACGGCUGACUUCUUUGGCCUUUCCCACUACACUUCCAGGCUCAUCAGUGCUCCAGUGAAUCAUAGCUGCGCUCCAACCUAUGAGGAUAUCGGAGACUUUUCCCAACACGUAGAUCCUUCUUGGCCGCAGACAGCCGCACCUUGGCUCUAUGCCGUGCCUUGGGGGCUGAGGAGACUGCUGCUGUUUGUGUCCAAAGAAUAUACUGGGACAACAAGAGUUCCGAUUUAUAUAGCAGACAAUGGCGCGCCGACAGAUGACGGAGGCGAUCUUGUUAACGACACCGUGAGAGUGGAUUACUACCGGCUUUAUAUCAACGAGGCUUUGAAAGGUACAAGGGGCUUUUAUGAAUUGGGGAGGGAAACAGGCAUGCAAAAGAGAAUUGAAAGAAAACCUGUAAGGAUGAAGUCAAGUUUAUUGACUUAGCCCCCUGUUCCCUUUCAACACAAUAUCCUCCAAGAUCUUACCACAUUCCUGUCAAUCUCCAGCAUAUGGUAAAUAUCAUGCCCUGUCCCAGUGGGGAAAGGAAUGGAAUGAGUAGAUAUGUUCACCGUGUGAAAAUGGCAUGCAAACGUCACUUUUUAAAUGUGAUGAUUUCCGUUUGUUUAAAAAUGGUUUGAGACACUGACCUAACUAAUCGGAAGCAAAUUUAAUACUUUAAUUAAAUGUCCUCAAAAUAACAGUUUUGCCGGGUAAUAGGCAUACAGUGUUAAAAAACAGCUUAAAUGCAGUAUAUGAAAUACACAGGUUGCUUACCUAGGCUGGCUUGGAGGACAGCACCUGAGACUUGCUUAGCUAUCCCGUUUUGUCCUGCCUGCUUAGAAGAUGCAGAACUGUUUUGCUCUGCCCCUCCAAACAGGUCUGGAUGCUCUUAUGAGUUGAGCCUGGUGGAAAAACGAUGUAAUUAAUGCAUUCAUCCCAGCCAGAGUAUAUUUUGUCACCCCAUGAUAAAAGACAUCAAGGAAUGCCUAGUUUGUAACCCCUGAAUGCCUGAACAUGAGAACACUAGUUGACACCUUGCAUCUUCAUUACUUUUUGGUCACUCCUGUAUCAAUUUACUGAUAGGAGUGAGCCGUCAAAGAUUGCAUGCCACAGACAGAAUUUUCACAUCGCUUCACUCACAAGGCUUUUCAAGAGUCAGGCUGCUUCAACCUUGGACAUUUACUGUGGAAUUUACAUGUACUUAUGUCAUCUGCAUGACAUAGUGAUCAAUACACCCUCUUCCCACAUUUCCCAUUACCUUCCUUUUGUGUGUGUGUGUGUGUUGUUGUUUUUUGUUUUCAGAGCUCAGAAAAUCUGGCCAGUAGUUGUUGUUUUUUAACACACUGGAACAGUUGCACAAUUUCCCCAAGAUAUAGAUAGAUGACCUAUCGCGCAGCUGUUAGCAAAUUGUUUGGCCAAUUAUGUGCUAUUUAGAUUGUUGUAGCCUCUGUGGUUCAUCUCUUCCCCCUAGGAACCAGUUUUGUCGCUUCAACCCUUUCCCCUCCAAAAAGAAUUGUCUUAUAUCUGGUUCUUUUCUCUCUCUCACUCCUUCCCCUGCCAUUAAAUUGCGGGUGUGGUGGCUGGGAAAGAAUACACAAUCUGCAGUGCUGUAAGUGAGGAGGGAAUAUAUAAACAUGAUCCUAAUGUAGAGCUGGGAUGCAGGUGGUGCUGUGGUCUAAACCACUGAGCCUUGGGCUUGCUGAUCGGAAGGUCGGCAGUUCGAAUCCCCGCGACAGGGUGAGCUCCUGUUGCUCGGUCCCAGCUCCUGCCCACCUAGCAGUUCGAAAGCACGUCAGAAUGCAAGUAGAUAAAUAGGUACUGCUCCAGCGGGAAUGUAAACAGUGUUUCCGGCACUGCUCUGGUUUCGCCAGAAGCGACUUAGUCAUGCUGGCCACAUGACCCAGAAAAACUGUCUGCGGACAAACAUUGGCUCCCUCGGCCAGUAAAGUGAGAUGAGAGCUACAACCCCAGAGUUGUUCACGACUGGACUUAACUGUCAGGGGUCCUUUACCUUUACCUUUUAAUGUAGAGCUGGGGAAAAGAACUGCACACCUGGCUACAGAAUGCCACGUAGAUUCCAGACGUCUGGAAAAGAUUUGCUGCUCCACUUGCUGCUCAAAGCCAUAUAGAAAUGAUUGGCUGCUAAUUUAUACAUCUGGAAGUAUUCUUCCAGGUACUGUAUAGCCAAGUACUGUAUAGUUGAGUAAAAAUGAGAAUGCAUGUGUGAACCGGCCAAAGUCCUUGAACUGCUUAAGUGCAUUAUCACUUCCCUAUGCCAUUUUGUAUAUUGUCUCUUACAUGCAAAUGACUUUAAAAGGAAAUUUAAAUGUGCAGAUGAAUAGCAAUAAUAGUUUGCACUGACCUGCGACAAUAUGGGCUACCCUCUGAAAAUUCAUGCCGUCGCUGCAAUGCUGAGAGAAGAGGGUAGUUGUGGUUGUGCUAUGUAUUUAAACAAAUGAUUAAAAAUCUUAACUAAAUUCUAUCUCCUUCAUUGACAGCUAUAAAGCAAGAUGAAGUUGAUGUUCAAGCAUACAUUGCCCGGUCAUUGAUUGAUGGCUUUGAAGGCCCAGCAGGCUACAGUCAAAGGUUCGGCUUACACCAAGUGAAUUUUGAAGAUGCAAACAGACAAAGGACACCCAAAGAAUCUGCCUAUUUCUUCUCCACCAUUAUUGAAAAUAAUGGAUUUCCUAGCACGGUCUCAAGAAAAUUUAUCCAGCCGCUCAGAAAGGAUGUUUCCAUACCUCCACGGCUGCCUAGUUUACCAGCUUCUGAAGUUCCUUCAAAGGCAAAGGUGGUUUGGGAGAAAUUUUCAAAACAGACUGAUUUGGAAAGAGACACGUAUUUUUAUGGCACCUUCCCAGAAGAUUUUCUGUGGGGUGUUUCUUCUUCUGCCUACCAAACUGAAGGAGGUUGGGAUGCAGAUGGGAAGGGACCUAGCAUCUGGGAUAAUUUUACCCACAUCCCAGGGAAUGUUAAGAACAAUGAUACAGGAGAUAUAGCUUGCGACAGCUACAAUAAAGUAGAUGAAGAUCUUUAUCUGCUGAGAGCCUUAAGGGUAAACACCUAUCGCUUCUCCCUGGCGUGGCCUCGGAUCUUUCCAAAUGGAAGAAACCAUUCUAUAAAUAACUAUGGUGUCGAUUAUUACAACCGGCUGAUUGAUGGUUUGCUGGCCCGGAAUAUCACACCAAUGGUCACUCUCCACCACUGGGAUCUGCCCCAAGCUCUACAAGACAUUGGUGGCUGGGAAAACCCUGUGAUGGUUGAACUGUUUGAUAAUUUUGCAGACUUUUGUUUUCAGGCAUUUGGAGACAGGGUCAAGUUCUGGAUUACUUUCAACGAACCGAUUGCCAUCUCUGUGCCAGGCUACGAUACGGGAUUAUUUCCACCAAAUGUAAAAGAUAAUCCAGGCAAUGCAUCCUACAGUGUUACUCAUGCAAUACUAAAGGCCCAUGCAAGAGUUUACCACACAUAUGACCAGAAAUACAGAGAGAGUCAGAAAGGUGUGAUCUCUCUGAGUCUCAACAUGGAUUGGGUUGAACCAAAGACACUAAACGAUCCUCGGGAUGUAGAAGCUGCUGAUCGCUACCUGCAGUUCAUGGGAGGGUGGUUUGCACACCCAAUUUUUAAAAACGGCGAUUACCCAGAUGCAAUGAAGUGGAAAGUAGGGAACAGGAGUGAACUACAGAAACUACCAUCUUCCCGGCUUCCAGGUUUCACACAAGAAGAGAAAGACUAUAUCAGGGGCACAGCCGAUGUCUUCUGCCUGAAUUAUUACACUGCCGGAAUUAUAAAGCACAGCACCACCAGGCUGAAACCAUAUUCUUACGAGUAUGAUCAAGAACGAGUAUUGGAGAUUGACCCUUCUUGGCCUAGCUCAGCAUUGGAAAAUAUGCGGGCAGUGCCCUGGGGGCUGCGUAGGCUGCUAAACUGGAUCAAAGAGGAAUAUAGCAAUCCUCCCAUUUACAUUACUGAGAAUGGGGUUGGGCUAAAAGCCAAGUCUGAUGUUGAUGACACCAGCAGGAUCUUCUAUUACAAAACACACAUUGAUGAAGUUUUGAAAGGUAAAGAUGUUGUAAUAACCCAAUAGGUUGAGGUGGUCUAGUUUUAAGACAGGACCCCUGACCAUUAGGUCCAGGUGUGACUGACUCUGGGGUUGCGGCAUUCAUCUUGCUUUAUUGGCCGAGGGAGCCGGCGUACAGCUUCUGGGUCAUGUGGCCAGGAUGACAAAGCCGCUUCUGGCGAACCAGAGCAGUGCACGGAAAUGCCGUUUACCUUCCCGCCAGGUACCUAUUUAUCUACUUGCACUUUGACAUGCUUUCGAACUGCUAGGUUGGCAGGAGCAGGGACCAAGCAACGGGAGCUCACCCCGUUGCGGGGAUUCGAACCGCCAACCUUCUGAUUGGCAAGUCCUAGGCUCUUUGGUUUAACCCACAGCGCCACCCGCGUCCCUAGUUUUAAGUUUUAAGAUACUGGGUAAAAAUAGAAGUUUGCUCAAUGUAAUCAGCUAAAUAAUCAGUUAGAGGUCUGUGUAGACUAGUUUUAGUUUUAGAUUCUAGAUCAGUCGUUCCCAAACUGUGCAGAGUCAGCACAAAAUGCUUAUACGCCACAAGGCAUCAUUAAAAGAACUCUGAGUGCCAAAUUAGACAACACAUACCAGUUAUGUGAUUGGGUUUUUUAAAGUAUAUUGCUAGAUCAAGGGUAUUGAUCCAGAGUACAAGAGAAGGUGGGUGGUAAAAAGGGUUAUAGCCCUUCAUGCUAGAGUCUGGAUCAAUCAAGGUUGUGCUCCUCCUGAAAUUUACUUUACACGCCCAUGUUUUUACACUGAACCCAAUUAAAUAGCUUUAAACAUAUUAGGCUACUUGUAUUUAUAUUCUGAUUGCUCUGAAACUAUUCUGGACCCCUCAGGCCCCCCUAUUUUCUCUACAAAAUGUCUGGCUACAGGCCUCAAACCGUGGAUUAUCCAAACAGCUACACGUGAGGGUUGUUUCUGCUACAUGCAUUAAAUAGUCUGGUCAUCCUCAGUCUUUGUGUCACAGUCAAUAGCGUUUUAAUAAGUACGAAAUGUCAGUAAAGUAUGCAGAAGUCCUUUUUUCUUUCCUUUCUUGAUAAUGGUUUUGAAUUAUAGUUAUAAUAAAUAUAUUUUUUUAUCUUUCCUAAAGUAUAUAAUUCAUAAGGUUUUUAGUAAAGCCUGGUUUGGGGAUUUGCUAUCCUUGAAAAUGCAUGAGUAUGAAGUAAGACCUGAAACGAAAUACAGUGGUACCUUGGGUUAAGUACUUAAUUCGUUCCAGAGGUCCGUUCUUAACCUGAAACUGUUCUUAACCUGAAGCAGCACUUUAGCUAAUGGGGCCUCCUGCUGCCGCCGCCGCAGCACGAUUUCUGUUCUCACCCUGAAGCAAAGUUCUUAACCUGAGGUACUAUUUCUGGGUUAGCGGAGUCUGUAACCUGAAGCGUAUUUAACCUGAAGUGUAUGCAACCCGAGGUACCACUGUAUUGUACAAAUUCUUUACAUUUUUUUAUAUUAUUAUUAUUAUUAUUUUGCUUGUCAGCACCCAUCUCCUGCUCUUGUACUGGGAGGAAAAGGUGGUAUGUGAUUUAAAUAAAUAAAUAAUGCUUGUGGAAAGGGAGUAAGUUUAGUGGGACUUGUGAAUUGGCAAGGAUUGUCUGUUAAUAUGCAUGUGAACAUACAAUGGGCAAUUAGUGUAUUUUUUCACAAUUCUGCUGUCUUGCUCAUCGUUACAUUGUUAAGCAAGUGUUUCUUUCUCUUUUAGCCUACAAGCUGGACGGCGUGAACGUUCGUGGCUAUGUUGCUUGGUCUUUCAUGGAUUAUUUUGAAUGGUUAAAUGGUUACGAGCCAAGAUUCGGCCUUCACCAGGUUGAUUUUGAAAAUCCGAACAGGCCAAGAACUCCAAAACGUUCAGCGAUAUAUUAUUCUGGAAUCAUACGUCAGAAUGGAAUCCCUCUGCCAAAAGAGGAAGAAUUCCUUUAUGGAGAAUUUCCGGAGAACUUUUAUUGGAGUGUGGCAUCAGCAGCAUAUCAGGUUAGGCCAGUUGGUCCCCACCCACCAGACCACUUGAAAAUCGCAGAGCAGCUUAAUGAUUUUUCUGCUUCUGGUGGCAAUUGCAAUGCACUGUGCUAGAUGCUGUAUGAUACUUAAUUGCAGUUAAUUGCUUCUUUUGUUCCUUACCUGUCAUAUUUUAUUGUACUGAAAUUUGAAUUCUGUAAUAUAUAAAUAUAGAGGGACGUGGGUGGCGCUGUGGGUUAAACCACAGAGCCUAGGACUUGCUAAUCAGAAGGUCGGCGGUUCAAAUCCCCGUGACGGGGUGAGCUCCCGUUGCUCAGUCGCUGCUCCUGCCAACCUAGCAGUUUGAAAGCACACAGUGCAAGUAGAUAAAUAGGUACCGCUCAGGCGGGAAGGUAAACGGCGUUUCCGUGUGCUGCUCUGUUUCGCCAGAAGCGGCUUAGUCAUGCUGGCCACAUGACCCGGAAGCUGUACGCCGGCUCCCUCGGCCAAUAAAGCGAGAUGAACAUCGCAACCCCAGAGUCGGUCAUGACUGGACCUUAUGGUCAGCGGUCUCUUUAGCUUUUACUUUUAAUAUAUAAAUAUAUAAGAAAUAAAAGGAGCAACAAGAAGCAAUAAAAAUGCAAAUAAGGAUUUAAUGGCAUGGAUGUGCUAGUCUUCAACCACAGAUUUGCCGUCAUGCCACAGACCACAUGAAUGAAACUCCAGGUUUAGGUAGUCUAUUGCUAGACUGUUGCUUGUUUGUGGAAGCUAUUCUAAACCUUCAUUUUGUGAAUAAUAUGCCAACUAAGCAAGCUGAAUGCUGUCAGGCUUGGGGACCUUGAUCAUGGUGAAUCACUAAGGUGAGAGCCAGGGUGCUGUAGUGGUUAGAGCUGCCUCCUCUCCCCCAGCUGUUGCCCUCCAGAUGUUUUGGUCUACAAUUCCCAGCAUCCCUGACCAUUGGCCAGUCAGCUUGUGGCUGAGGAAGUUGUAGUCCAAAACAUCUGGAGGGCACCGUGUUGGGGAAGCCUGGAUUAAAAUGGUGGACUAAGGUUGGCAAGACCCUAGUUCAGAUUCCUACUCAGCCGUGAAGCUCACUGGGCAACCUUUGCCUAGUCACUCUCAGCCCAACCUACUUCCACAAGGUUGUUGUGAGGAUAAAAACUGAGGCUGGGGCAUGUAUGUUGCCUUGAGCUGGGAUACAAAUGUGAGAAAUGUUUGUUUCCUUAAAGAUUGAAGGGGCAUGGAGAGCGGAUGGGAAAGGUCUCAGCAUUUGGGACCAGUUUGCACAUACGCCUUUGAAAAUCAGCAACGAUGAAAAUGGAGAUGUAGCUUGCGACAGCUACCACAAGAUGGAGGCAGACUUGGCUAUUCUGAAGGACCUCCAGGUGACUCAUUAUCGCUUUUCCAUCUCCUGGACUCGCAUUCUUCCCGAUGGGACCACCAAGUACAUUAAUGAAGCUGGCCUGAAAUACUAUGAAAGGCUUGUGGAUGCUCUCCUUGCGGCCAAUAUCCAGCCUCAGGUAAAUGAUUGGAGUUCUGCACGCAGGGGAAAAGGUGUAACAUACGUUAUCAGUCUGAUUUUUAAUUAGAUUAUGUUUAUCAGUGUUCACUGUAGAACCUGGCAAUAUCUUCAAUUCUCAGACAUCUUCAAUUAGCUUGUGUUAAAUGGUCAGAGACCAUUUCAUAGAGGCUGACACAAAUGCAUGCUGCCAUAUUCUAAUCAGAGGAGUCACUUAUAAGCUCUACCUAUUUUAAACUUGUGCAGAAGAUAAUGUGGGCUCAGGGUAUUUAUAUAGGAUUUAACAAUUAUGAAAUCUGCCAUGGUUUUUAAGAGAGCAGAGAAUGCAGUGUCUUUGCUCCAGAAAUCUAAGUUUCUGCAUUGGAUUUCUUCCAAGUAUCCACAAGGAAGUAGAAUAAACUUUUAUCAGGAAUUCAUUGUCCGCUCCCAGACUGUAGCCUUUUUCUGGACACCAUUAGGCAUGGCAGGUCCCAUCUGUGUUACACCUUCCAGGUCAUGCCGCAAGAACUUCUGAAAAUACAUCCCAUAUUGUACUCCUUUCUUGAUUCUCGCUUUCUUUGACUGAAUGAGGGUUCAGGGAAAGGUGGAAAAGGGAGAACUGAAAAUGUUACGUUCAAAGUCUUGAUAGCCUUGUAAAAGGUGUUGUUAAUCCUCACGUGUUUUCUGGAACUAGUUUGCUUUCUGACCAUCACAAUCCAGGAAUUGUUGUUGAGUUACAUGUGGUAGAUCUGCAUAAAAUGGCUGACUGUGCCUAAUAGUUAAAUAAUGGACAAACUUCACAUUUAGCUUUACUUUUGCAUGCCCCCCCCAAUUGCAUUGCCCCUGUUUCCUACUACAAUUAAGUGGUUGGUUAUUUUGACAAAAUGGCAGGUGUUUGUGAAUGUCUUGUCUCCAUCUCUAGGUAACUAUAUACCACUGGGACCUCCCUCAGGCCCUUCAAGAUGUUGGAGGGUGGGAAAAUGAGACUAUAAUCCAGAAAUUUAAAGAUUACGCAGAGAUCCUUUUCCAAAGAUUUGGAGAGAAGGUGAAAUUCUGGAUAACCCUGAAUGAGCCCUAUGCCAUUGCUAACAUUGGUUACGGUUAUGGAGUCUCAGCUCCAGGUAAGGUGUAGGUUCUCAUUGGCAAGAGCAAUGCUCUGCAGAACCAAAGGACACUGAUGAUCUGACCUUGUGUGGUUAUUUGUGAGAACACAGCUUUGUGAUAGAUGCCCAGUGAAAGUGGGAGACAAUCUGAUGCCUUUCUUGAAGGUGUCUCCUGGUUGAAAGCCAAAUUGCCUAGAACUAUUGAGAAACGCUAUCAAAAUGCACCAUUAAUUGCUGCUUCAGCUGAGUCCAGUGCUGCAGAAUAAUGCACUUCCAAUCAUCUUGUCUUCUUAGGCAUCUCUGCCAGACCAGGCCGAGCCCCUUACAUAGUGGGCCACAACUUGAUCAAGGCCCACGCAGAAGUAUGGCAUCUUUACAAUGAAACAUACCGCCCAAAGCAAGGAGGAUUGAUCUCUCUUUCCAUCAGCGCAGAGUGGGCUGAACCCAAGAACCCUGCCAAGCAGGAGGACCUCGACGCUGCCAGGAGAUAUGUCCAGGUAAUGUGAUGACUCCACAGUAAACUUCUGUGUACCAGUUGCUGGGAAGAGUGCUGUUGCACUCAGGUUCUGCUCACAGGUUUCCCUUUGGGGCUUCUAUGGGGACAGAAUGCUGGACUAGGUGGGCCUUUAGCCUCCUCAAGUAGGCUCUUGUAUUAUGUCCUUAACUCUGCUUCAGAGACUCAGCAAAACAAGAUGUCAAUCCUUCUAAAGGACCCAUGGUGUUGAUCCUUGGGCACCAUAUUUCAUCUGAACACUCAAAUCAUAAUGUUCACCACGAUCCUGACCAGUCAGCUGCCAUUGUUUGGAUACCUUGGGGGGUGUUGCACUAUCCUUUAAAAACAAACACUUGGAGACAGGGAUGAGACUUUGCCUUUUGGGUCAGUCUGAUGAACUGGUAACUAUUGGUUCAGCCAAGAGACCUGUUGCCAAAGCGUUGCUUAAUAAGCAUCCCUUUUUAUUUCCCUGUUGUAGUUCUUUGCUGGUUGGUUUGCUCACCCUAUCUUCAGAAACGGUGACUAUAGCGAGGUGAUGAAAAGGAGGAUACAAGAGAGAAGUGUUGGCCAAUCGCGGUAAGUGUCUGGCGGGACUAACUGCAGCAGCUGGACCACAACCACGGGUGGUCCAUACUGUUGGCUCAUGUCACUUAGAAGCGAUUCUUUCUAAAUUGUUGAAAUAAAAAUAAACCACACGUUUUGAAGGGCCACCCUGGCUGUGUCCAAGAACAAAUCUAUCCUCCCCAAAGUAGUUUUCCUCUGCUGCUGUUUUCCUCCUGGUGUGCACUGCCCUCUUCGCUUAAUGCCGCAGGCAAUCAGCAGCUAAAGCACAGUUGUGGGUAAACUCCCCUUGAAACAGAACCACCCUAUAUUGAAAGUUCCUUCUCCUACAUCCAGGGUAUGUUCAGAGCCUGUAAUACUGUAGUACAGCAAGGGAGCAGGAAAGGGUGAUGAUUGAGACAAAGCAGGGGACUAGUCUUUUAGAGUACCUGCUCUUUGAAUAAGGUGAAGUACAUGUGGUCAUCAUUACUGUUCAUGUUAAAAUUUCCAGCUACCAGCUGUUGCUUUUAAAAACAAUACUUUCGCUCUGAAUGACAGUGCCCUGUUUUUUUAAAAAAGUAAGUAUGAUGAUAAUUGAAGCUUUCCCUUUUGUUAAAUGCAUCUAUGUGAGCCUCUCUCCCAUUUUGUGUGUGUUGCAGACUCCCUGAAUUUACUGAAAGUGAAAAGCAGAGGAUUAAAGGCACCUUUGACUUCUUUGGUUUGAACCACUAUACAACAGUAUUGGCAUCCAACUUAAACUAUUCUUCUCUCUUUACAUCCUACGAUGCUGAUAGGUAAGGUGUGAGCAUGACUUCAUACUGCAUCAAAGCAUGCAUACUUUUCUGGAAUCUGUGCUUUCACUCUGUGCCUAAUAAUCUUGGUUGGGCAGGCUGCAGCUGAUGGAAAUUGUAUACCAAAACAUCCGGAGGGCAUCAAGUUGGUGAUCUACUAGAAAGUUUUAAGGCUGAGUACCCAUUUUCCUCUCUAAGCCCAGUGCAUUGCACACUGCAUCACACUUAAGCCCCCAACAAAAGAGGUUACUGCUGACCAGUCUUCAUGAUUGAUAUCUAGCUGACUUUAAUGGAUCAAUACAAAUAACCUUUCCCCACAUUAUUAUCAUGUUCUUUUUUGCAGGGGUGUUGCCUCUAUAACAGACCGCAGCUGGCUGGGCUCUGGUUCCUUUUGGUUGAAGGUGACCCCUUUCGGCUUCAGGAGGCUCCUGAAGUGGAUCAAGGAAGAAUACAAUGACCCACCUAUUUAUGUGACCGAGAAUGGGAUUUCAGAGCGUAUAGACGGGGGCUUCAAUGAUACUUGGAGAAUACACUAUUUAAGGAGUUACAUCAAUGAAGCUUUAAAAGGUACGUGGUUUCCUCUCUGCAUGGUUCCCAAUCACCCCCCAAAUGUUUGUGACACAUGGAUUUAAAUUGAUCUGUGAUCCUCUGCCCUGCCCUGCAUUCCUUGCAACAGAGUUGGUGGUAAGGCCCUUCUGUGCCUGUAUCUGCAUAGGGCUGGGCAGAAAGCAAGACUGGUUUCUAGUGUGGGAGUUGAAAUGUCUUCUGGAGCUGCCCCAGGACUUUCACUUUCUAUUGACUUCAGGAGUGAAAGACUAGUCUGCAGAAUCAAGACAGAAUAUGUUGCUUAAUUCCCAUUGACACAAGAUCAUACUCUUACGCCGGAUUAAGUCCUCUAAAAUGGUUACCACUGUCUGGUUUCAUUGUUGUCAUCGCCAGUAAAUAUGAAGACAUGAGAAAAAAAUCCAUUAAUUGACAACUUUUUGAUCACCCAGAUUGUGGAUACAAAAAGAAUUUGGGAUUUUUAAGGUGCAGCCAAUCUCUGUUAGGAAUGGAUACUUUGUAAAGCACCUAGUGUUAAUAAGGGGUCUUUGGUUUUCACUCCCUGUUGAUCAUUAAAGUAUAGUGUAAGCAUGUAUAGGGCUGCAUUUUAAAACUCUUCCCCCCACCACCUUAACAGGAAUUGUACUUGAUGGUGUUGAUCUGCGAGGCUACACUGUAUGGAGCCUGAUGGAUAAUUUUGAAUGGGCAGUGGGCUUUGCUGAAAGAUUUGGGUUGUAUUACACCAACUUUACAGACCCAAAUCUAUCCAGAAUUCCAAAAGAGUCUUCAAAAUAUUAUUCAUCUAUCAUCCGGUGUAAUGGCUUUCCUGAUCCAGCCACUGGGCCUCAUUUGUGCCUUGAGUCACAAUCUGGAGGUAGGUAGAUUACUAAUUGCGGAGUUAGGUUAUUUUUACUGUACCACUUCAUGGAUUUUCCUAAAUGUUUAAAACUUUUAACUUCGCUUUUAUAGAAAACUUGCAUAUCGUGUUAAUGACAUCUGAUUCUGGAAAGUAAGGUGGUAUAUGGUAACAGAAGUUGGCUGUGUAAGAAAAAAAUCUUUGGUGUAAUGUCCUUAAAUGAUUUAGUCUAGAUUUUUACAGAAAAGUUGGCCGAAUGGCCUGAAUGUAUUUUGGAAGGCUGGAGAAGCAAGUAAAAAAGAUUUAAAUGGGGGUGAUCAGAAGGUACUCCCUGCUCAUAGUGUCAUUCAUGUGAAUUUCACUUACAUUUCUAGGUACUACUAUGGCGCCAACAAGCAGCAGUGCUCGGCCUAUCGACAAUUCAGCCAUGAAGGUGCAGUUUUUGGGACUGGACUUGACUUUGUCUAAUGCAGAAGUAGGCCUUUAUGUACUCUUUUCCCUAUUCUUAAUGUCUGUGCUAGGCAUUGCUCUUUUUUCAUAUCUUUAUAGAAAAAGGACCAAAAAAGCCAGCCAAAACAGUUUUUAAAUAUUGCAGCUUGCAUUUAAUUAGUUUAUCAUGCGAUAGUUUUUUCUUCUGCCCAUGUUUAGAACAGGCACACAAUUAUUUUAAUCAGUGCUUUUUUUCUAGCAAAAAUAGGUGCCGGUACUCAGCAUGAAGUUGUUACAGUAAGUGCUAUACUUUUUAAACAACAAGAAGAGGUGCUGGUACGGCGUACCCUUGAAUACUCCCUGAAAAAAAGCACUGAUUUUAAUACCUAUUGUUGACGUUAAUAUUUUUAUUGCUUGAAUUGUUACGUGCAGUUCACCCUGGGAAUAAGGGGUGGGGACAAUUUUAAAAUAAAUGAACAAGUUGAUAACAUAUUGCAAAGUGUCAAGUUG